AAUGUUCUUAGGAAUCUUAUAUUCCUUCCUCCUGGUCAGCUAGUGCUGCCUCGGCGCAUUUAGACUUCAGGGCUCUGUUCACUUGCAGUUUGUGCCUUUCCAUGUGGGAGCAGCUCUCCAUACCGAUAACUUCCUUCGAUCCAGUUUUUACCCUUCCUCGAAACGUCAGCUGAGCACGUUCUGAAUUAGCUCUUAAAUUUCUGGAAGCUAGACUCGCGUCUCUAUUUCGAACGCCUAUCUCGUCAUCUUUGUCAUCUUAUCGGAAGUUUCACUUGCGUGCACCGAUCUUACUCGGGACUUUGGUUAUCUCCUCUGCGCCUUCAACUCUAACCUCUGGUUCCUCCCACGCGCAACCAUGGCAGCCGCGGCAGCAGCAGCAGCAGCAACGUCUUCACACAUCGCGGCCACGAACAUCUUCUCCCCCUCCUCUUGCACUUCACCCUUGUCCAAAGCAACUCCAUCCCUCCUUUCAGCUCGUCCCCCCGUUCAGUCUAUCGCGUCACCCCGAUCCCUUUCCCGCACUCGAUCAGGCCCCUGCGCUGCGUCCGCGGGAGGCGGAGGAAAUGGGGGCUGGGACAUUGGCGCAGGCUGGGGGAAAGGCGGCGGCGGCGGAGGCGGCAGUGGCGCAGGUGGAGGCGGAAGUGGCGGAGGAAGAGAGGACGGAAACGGGAAUUUCGGACCUAACGAUGACUUCGGAGGGAUGAGAGGUCGCUUGGCAGUGGCUGUUGCAGCAGCAGCAGCCGCCAUUGCCUUAUCGUCUUCAGACGAGCUUCGCGCGCGCGCAAGCAAUCCGCUAUUCGCCUCAGUCUCCGCUUCCGCUUCCGCCGCCAGCUCCCCCACUUCCGCAAAGUCCGCCGAGGUGGAGAGCGCCAAGGGGACUCCGCCAGUUGUCACUUUCCCCCCAUCCUCUGCCGGCUCUUUGCGUCCGUCAAACCCGCCAGCGGCUGACGUUAACGGUGACGAUGACGGCUUCGGGGUGACGGACUGGUUGGGCGGCGCGCUGUACGCGUUAUUGUCGAAGCACGUGGACCGGCAGAUGAAGCGGCGCGCAGCGGCGGAGAGGCAGCAGGUGCUGGCGGAAGCGGCGGACAUGGUCGCGGCGGUGCUGGAGGAGAAGAAAGCGCGGGAGAGCGAAGACCCCGUGGCGCACCGGUCAGAGGUGGGUGCCCUCCGCCGCCUGCAGCGCGAGGCCUUCCAAGACCUCCUCCGCCUCAAGGACUCCAUGCACACCCUGCAGCUCGUCACCGGCCUGCGCCACCGCGACCCCCCGCGCGGGCCCAACGCGCGCCCCCCCCUCUCCGGCAGCAGAAUCGGCGCGGCUGGUUCUGCCGCCGCUGGUAGCGCUGCGGCUGGCGCGGGGGGGGUGAGCGGGGGCGCAGGGGGGGCGGGGCUGGGGAGAACGAGGCUGCUAGGGGAGGUUUCAGGGGGGGCGGCGGUGGUCCCAGGGGCGGACGGUCCUAGGGGGCAUUCGGCCAGAGCGGCGUUGGAAGAGGCGGGUAUGCGGUCGGGCCUGCUGGUGAAAUUCAAGUUUGAGACGCUGUGCCGAGCAGCGGAUCUGCUUGUAACGGAGCUGACUGCGGGGCUUGGCGAGGACAGUAGUAGCUUUAUGCUGGGCGGGCCGAUUAACCUGCAUAAGGUGGUGUAUAGCGCGGAGGUGGCGGAUGGAGUGAGGGUCGUUGCUGCGCCUGUGGGUGCGUCGGGCACGGAUAUUGCCGAGUCGAUGAACCCCCACAAGGGCCAGGGCCUAACUCGGUUCGCGUCCAACGGCAUCCCCCUGCACCAGCGCGCCAAGGGCACGGCCCUCGGCAUCUCCCUAGUUGGCACCUCCGCCUCCUUCUCUGCCGCCCAAUUCCUCCACGGCUGGGGGGUCACCCCUGACGCUGCCGAGGGGGGCGACGCCGGCGCGGGCCUCUGCUCCUCCUCUCUGGUGCAGCUGGCGCUACAGCCGCAGGACAAUGUUCUUCUCUCCUUCUCCGCGCUUCGCCGCGUCUGGCCCGCCCCGCCGCUCCCGUCUGCUCCGGGCCUGCACUGGUCCGAGCUCGGCCCGAUGGUUCUCCCGAGGCUGCUGCCGUGGUUCGGCGGGAGGGCCGGGGAUGCGGUCGGGGGGAAAGACGACCCUACCAGGUCGGCACCGGCAGGGGUGGAUGAGUACUCAGGGAGUGAAGGGAGGGAGUUGUGGGUACCACCGCCAAUGGACCCAACGGUUGUGCAGUCCGUGGCAGUAGCAGGGGCGGUGAGGCUCAAUUCGAGAACUACUAUUGCUGCAUGGGCGCAGGCGGAAGGGGGGGAGUGGGUGCCUGAGGAGGCUCAGAAGCGGUUGCAAUGGUCCCUCUCCCUGCUGCGGCAAGGGAAGGGUGAGGCAGGGGAGGCGGAGAAGGAGAAGGGUGAGGAUGAGAGUGGGGAGCAGGAGGAGGAGGAGGAGGCCGUGCGACGGGGGACAGCAGCAGCAGGAUCAGGAGGAUCGGGAGCAGAGAGUGGAGACGGGAGUAACAAGCAGACGAAGCCACAAAAGAAGAAGAAGAACGGUGGUUGGAGAAUCUUGAAAACGCUCGACAAGGCAGGCUAUGGCAUUUGCCUUGGUAUCAUGCAACCAGACGCAGUCACAGCAGCAGCAGGGGCUGGUUCUAGCGGCAGCGGCAGCGGCAGUGGCGGGAUGGGAGCCGUAGCAGGAGGGGGGGUGGGGAUGGGAACGGGGGGUCGGGGCAUGGGCUGUUGCCAGGGCAGCUUCAGGCAGAGGCGUUUGCGAGAGUGGCGUGCGGGCAAGGGGUGACGCUUCAGCCGGGGAUAGUCUUGGCGAUGAAUGAGAACUCGGGUUGCCACCCCGCCCUCAUGCUCCGCACCUCCUGGACCCUCUGAGCAGAGUCUGUGCUGCGUGAUAGCGUGUGCCGCCGCAUACCGCGCAGUGUGGUGCUGCGGGCUGCUUUUGAGGCGCCUCAAAGUGAGAACUCAGGAUGCCACCCCGCCCUCAUGCUGCUUACCUCCAGGACCCUCUGAGCCGAGUCUGUGCUGCGUGAUUGCGUGUGCCGCCGCAUGCUGCGCAGCGUGGUGCUGCGGGCUGGCCUUGGAGGCUUCCUGUGGAUUCUUGCCUUACAAAACCAGGAUCUAGGAUGAUGGUACUGGGAUGUCCCUCCUUGGAGGCUUGCCUUGGAGGAUUUCUUGCCUCCCUUGCUGGCUUGAUCGCGUCGCAAUUUGCCCCCGCCAGUGCUGUGGUGCCAGCAGCCAGCUCCUCUGGCUGGAGGGGUGACUGGUACCCCUUUGCGGUGCUUUGCUUCUGGAUAGCUGAGUCUGGAGCGUGUGUGUGGGGGGCUAGAUGAAUGAGAGGGUGGGUGAGGGAUACGUAGGGAUGAGGAGGGAUGGUAGGUGAGAAACCAGGGAUAAUGCUAUCAAGUGGGAGCGGAAAGGGCUGCUGCUCCCGGUGAACUACGCUCGUUUCAUUUGUUGCUGGUAGUUUGUUUAGGAUUCCUUUCCUUGGGCGUACCGGUAUUUAAAAGCGGCAUGCUAGCUUUUAUACCAUGCUGUGAAUA